CACAGACCUGAGUCUAAGUGCAGACAGAAUGAUCUAGUUGAUGAUUCGUACACCAUGCGCUCAGCUGUGCUGCAGUUCAUGGCAGGUUUCUGUGGAGCUCUGGGAACAAUCUUUCUUCUGCUUACUCUUGGGACGGACUACUGGCUCCUAGCCUCUGAGUCUUGUAAUACAGCGGACACGAACACAGCAAGACCCCAGAGAGUCACUGCAGAGGACAACAGGCCAGAAGAACAGGAUGGCUCUGCAAUCACAGUGCUGUCCUUUCAUGAAGGCAUUUUCUGGAGAUGUUCCUACUGGAAUGAGAUGGGCAGAGAAGAUGACAGCAUGCUGGAGUUUUGGAUCACUAACCAGCCAUUAGAGAAGAUCUGCUCCCCAGCCUUCCUCCCUCAGGUUCCUCUCUCAGGUAUUCUAACCUCAGACUCUACUACAGUACACAGGGCUUUCUGGUGCAUUAUGUCUGUACUGGGACUUACUAUGGUCAUGCUUGGUGUGUUUGUCACCAUCUGUGGAAUCCCAAUGGCCAGCCGACGUCAUUAUGAGGCUGGAGGAGCUCUCUUCAUAACUGCAGGUGUGCUGGUGAUGGUGGUGGUGGGUACGUAUGUGGCGUGGGUGCAGGACUCGUCCUCUCUGGAGAAGUAUGUUCUCCAGCGUCGGCUCUCUGUGUGCCCCGGCCUCCAGCUCAGCGUCCACUAUGGCCCGUCCUUCAUGCUGGCCCCCGCCGCCUCCUGCUUCUGCCUGCUUUGUGGCCUGCUGAUCCUCCUCGCCCAGAACGCCCCCAGAGCCGAGAGCAUCGUCCCAGCCUGUGACCCACCCUCAAUGCAGGAGGGAUGGCAGGUCAGCACGCUAUAAAUAAUGAAAUAAACAAAAAAACGACUCCUUCCUGAGAAGAACAGAGUGGCUGGGUGGCAUCUCUGAAACUCUGGAAGUUAAUCUUUGCAAAAGAAGACUGUAAAUACAUCAGCAUUCCAGACUUUUAAAUACAUUAUUAUUUUUAUUAUUUUUAAUAUUUUGUUUCUAAUUCUUCUCUCCAUUUUACUUCAAUUUGGAGAAAGGACAGUUAUUCAAUCCACAGCAUAUGAACUCCUGCAAUAACUAGCAGUGUUGUAGGUACUAGAAUUAUGAUUAUCUCAUGCCUCCUCCAACACACGUGAAGUCAGACUCCGCCUCUCCACCAAUGCAGCAUCUAUACACAGCCCUCAUGAUCGGAGGAAAGUACCGGGUCUUCAGCUCUGAAAUAAUAGUCAACAGAAACCUGUGCCAGCCAACAUCACAAUGGGAGUGAGGAUCUCUCUCAGACUCCGGCUGCUGAUGGAGAAGCAACAUGGUCCAGGAUUUGAAUCAGUGAACCUGGGAUUAUCAUGACCAUGGGCCAUAGACAUAAUAUACAUAGACGCCUCAUAGACUGACGCUGCCUAUUGGAGCUAACACAAUGCGGCUGCCGUAUUGGAUGGGUCUCCCAUGCCCCCCCCCCAAGUGCAUUUAUUAGUACUGAGAAAGGUGUUUAAUACAAACAUAAAAAUCACAACUCAAAAACAAUUUUUACCCAGUUUUCACGCGGCGUGGUUUAUCUGAAGAUCUGAAAUUCAAUUAAUACAAACUAGUUAGCAAGUUCUCUUGAAAUAAUACCUUUAUAAAGUUAGACAAAUAGUGUAAACAUAACAUAACAUAACAUUAAAUCUUGUGUUAUUAGUUUAUUUUACCUGAGUGUAUGUCAAGCUUUUCUUUCAACUCCUCAUUUACAAGAUUCUGGUUCUCUUUAGGAGACCCAACCAAUAUGGCGGUGGCUCUGGAUUACGCUCCAGCCCGUAAUGAGGCGUCUAUGUAUAUAAUGUCUAUGCACUGUAUUAUUGUAUUAAUUUAUAUAAACCGAGCGCUAGAGGGCAGUAUUGUAUUAGAUCUUGAUUUAGAAAUGUGCUGUAGUUCACAGUUCUGUGGCUGUUAAACCUGUGCAGGAAAAAUAAAUAAAAUAUUUUAGCUCAUGUAGUCUAUAGGGUUCACCCCACACCUACAUUUUAUACAGUUCUUAAGGGGUAAAUAAUCUAUUUUUGUUAAAUAUAUAAUUAAUUGUAUAUAAGUAAUUAGGAACAGUACAAGUCAAAAGUUUAGACACAUGUCUUCUCAUUCAAAGUGUUUUCUUUAUUUUUAUUAUUUUUUACAUUGUAAAUUUAAUGUUGAAGACAUUAAAGCUAUACAAAAAUAAAUAUUUUGUUAAACAAAACAGAAUAUGUUUUAAACUAUAUUUGUAAAAGUAGCACAUUUCUCUUUGAGGACAGAUCUGCACACUCUUGGUAUUUUAAUCUCAGUGUCUUCAUGAGGGAGAGUCACCUGGAAUAGUUUUCUCAGCGUCUUGAAGGAGUUCCUGGAGGUGCUGAACAAUAGUUACUGCUGCUUUUCCUUCAUGCUGUGAAGCUCCAGCUCAUCCCAAUUAAAUCACCUCAAAUCACCAUCUCAGUUCAUCAGGGGUUUAGAUCAGGGGAUUAAUGUGGAGGAUUAACACGUUUUUUGUUUACUACGUAAUUCCAUGUGUGUCCCUCACUAGUUUGGAUAUCUUUGUACCCAGUUCUAUUUUAGUUCAACACAUCAGCUUCUACAUACAGUGGCUUGCAAAAGUAUUCAUACCCCUUAAACUUUUUUACAUUUUGUCACCUUACAACCAAACAUAAAUGUAUUUGAUUGAGAUUUUAAGUUUAAAAAUCUGAAAAGGCCGUUGUGUAAAAUUAUUUCAAAGUCA